AUGCAAACAGAUCCACUCUCCAUAAGUGAAAGCCAGAAGUUAAUUUUGUGGAUAUAUGAUCCUGAAAGUGCAGAUGCUUCCGAACUGAACCACACUGCAAUUAUUCCAUCACAAGGUUCUCAGAUAUUCGGCAGGCUAUUUUGGAAUUUGGGACAGGAACCUGUUGUUCAUACCUAUUUGAAAAAAGAAAAGUACUAUUCUCAGGAACAUUCAAAAUUAGGUACUUUUUAUAAACGAGAAGCUAGUAAUUUUUUUAAACUUGGAGUGGAACACAAGCUUCCUGAAAGUGAAAUCACUGGAAUACAUUCAAGAUAUUGGUGUUCAUCUGUCUGUCCAGUGCAGAGUGGAAAACAAUUAGGUACUUUGGCAGCAUGGACAUCUUCUGAGGUUUAUCUUGGAUAUAAUGAAACAUUUACUAAAAUAGGAGAUAGGGCACACUUAGUGAAGUUCUUAAAUUUUCCUAACGCUGCUUCUUUAUCUAUAGAGGCUGUUAGCUAUGACUCAGUCCCAUCUGAAAUUACGUUGUUGCUGAUCUGCAGUGGCUGCAGCUCCUCCAAACUUUUUUUUCUGGCAGUUUAUAAUGAAGACAGACAAUUUUGGGGCUUAAGAAAUUUUUACGUACCUGUUCCUCGCAGUUCUGUUAUGAGGAUGAUAUACAUAAGUGCAGCAUUAUCAUCUGGGCUGCUGUGGGAUGACGUGAGCUUUACUACACUUACAAAAACAACACAGCUAAUGGAUAUUUUCAAGUAUCUGGAUCAAAACUUUCUCUAUCAUCAGAAAUGUCUCAUGGGAGCACUAUUCACCAGAUUAUUUUUGGUAUCUUACUGUUAUGUUGGCUGCCCUCCAGGAAGGCAUAUUGUUGUCGAGAGAUAUGAUGGUGAUUCAUAUGUUAGAAAUGUUGAAGCAAAUUUUAUAUUAUGGGAGAUGAAAGGCAGAACUGACUAUGGGUACACUUCAUUCAUGAAAGAAAAUUACAGAUCCUGUUUUGUGUUUCAUCAGAACAGUACAAAUGAAGGACUGCAUGAGCAGUAUCAGAUUUUAAACAGCACCUCGAACAACGACAUUGUUUGGGCUACUAGUCAUAGUGCUAUUUAUGUGUUCAGAGUGAAGAUAUUAGAUCAAAAUGACACGUUAUUGUCUUUUUUUUAA